UGCUGCGCUUGCAUUUUUUCCUCUCGUUCUCCCCCACGGAUGACCCUGUCGUCUUGUUGGCUUGUUUGAGCGAAUAAUUGACGUCCUGACGUCUGCGUUGCACAAUGUUUUCCUUCUACCACCCCCGCCUUGAGUCGCGGGCUUUUAAAUCCUGCCUUUUCUCCCUUUUUUUCUUCUUCCCCAUUUUUCUUUUUUCUUUUUUUUUUUCGUUUUCUCUCCGAUCUUCUCUUCUGUACUCCCUUCUCGUCGUGACUGUGUCCCUCCUAGCCGGUUGACAUCCCGGCCUAUUAUUGAGGGCUUUCUCUUCAUUCCCACCAGAAUCCUCUCAAGAGAUCCAUCAUGGGCUCCCUCAAGGAUGUCGAGGCAUCCCAUGAUGAUCACAAGGAGCCUGCGGCCCUGGAGAUGGACGACGUCUCCAAGGAUCCCAAGGCAUCUGCCGAAUACAACGAAGCCGCCAUGGACGCGGAACUCCAGCAGUUGGAGGAACAGCUGCGUGAGUUGAAGCAGUCUCGCUUCCAGAUGACGUUGUCCAACCCGGCCUUCUUCACCUAUAUCCUCGUCGCUUUUGCCUCGAUGGGUGGUCUGCUCUCGGGUCUGGAUCAGUCCCUGAUCAGUGGUGCCAAUCUCUUCAUGCCCGAUGACCUGCACAUGUCCGCUAGCCAGAGCAGUCUAGUCAAUGCCGGUAUGCCUCUGGGUGCCGUCGGCGGUGCUCUCAUCCUGUCGCCUGCCAACGAGUACCUGGGUCGUCGCAUGGCCAUCAUCGUCUCUUGUAUCCUGUACACCAUCGGUGCCGCCCUGGAGGCGGGUGCCAUCAACUUUGGUCUGAUGUUUGCCGGUCGGUUUAUCCUGGGAAUGGGCGUCGGUCUUGAGGGCGGCACCGUCCCCGUCUAUGUUGCCGAGUGUGUUCCUGGACGGAUCCGUGGUAACCUCGUCUCCUUGUACCAGCUGAACAUCGCUUUGGGAGAGGUUUUGGGCUAUGCAGUAGCCGCAAUCUUUGUCGAUGUUAAGGGUAACUGGCGGUACAUCCUCGGUUCCUCGUUGGUCUUCUCGACCAUCCUUCUUGUGGGAAUGCUGUUCCUGCCCGAAAGUCCGCGUUUCCUUAUGCACAAGGGCAAACCGGUGGAAGCGUACGGUGUGUGGAAGCGAAUUCGUGGCUUCGAGACGCUCGAAGCCAAGGACGAAUUCUUGGGCAUGCGGCAGGCCGUCACGUCCGAGCGCGAGGAGCAGCAGAACACGAAGAAAUAUGCCUGGAUGGAUUUCUUCACCAACCCUCGUGCCCGCCGUGCCAUGGUCUACGCCAACGCCAUGGUCUUCCUGGGCCAGUUCACCGGUGUCAACGCCGUCAUGUACUACAUGGGAGUUCUCAUGACCAAGAUCGGUUUCGACGAACGCACCAGUGUUUUCAUGUCCCUCGUUGGCGGUGGCUCCCUGCUCAUCGGUACCAUCCCCGCCGUCAUGUACAUGGAGAAGUUCGGCCGUCGCUACUGGGCCAACGCCAUGCUACCGGGCUUCUUCAUCGGUCUGGUCCUCGUCGGUGUCGGCUACACUAUCAACUACGAGCAGCAUCCCGCUGCCGCCGAGGGUGUCUAUCUGACCGGCAUCAUCCUCUACAUGGGCUUCUUCGGCUCCUACGCCUGUCUGACCUGGGUUGUUCCCGCCGAAGUCUUCCCCACGUAUCUGCGAUCCUACGGCAUGACCACUGCCGACGCCAACCUCUUCCUCUGCUCGUUCAUCGUCACCUACAACUUCACUGCUAUGAUGAACUCCAUGACCCGCAUCGGUCUCACCCUGGGCUUCUACGGUGGCAUCGCCGCCAUCGGCUGGUUCUACCAGAUCAUUUUCAUGCCCGAGACGAAGAACAAGUCCCUCGAGGAAAUCGACGAGCUUUUCUCGCGCCCGACGUCCUCCAUCGUGCGCGAGAACCUCAAGAGCACGGCCGAGGUCGUUCACGACCUGUGCCGUUUCCGAUUCAAGAAGGUCUUCACCCCCGGUGCUUAGGGCUGAUUUGCUUUCUUCUGUAAACCAUACCGUUGGAUUAUUUGCUCGUGCUCGUUGCUGUAACCCGGUUGAUCCUUGAUUUCCAACGCCAACGGACAAGAGGUGGAACGUUGAGUAAUGGGCGAGACCUUUCAUGAUAUUCACGAUCUACAUGCAUUAUGUGACGUACGUAUGGAGGUUGGGG